AAUAUUGUAAUUUUUUUUUAAUUUUUUUUUUAGCAACUUUUGUUUGUAUGGUCAUCUAUUUCUUCUCUUCAGCUGCUCACUUACUCACUUACACAUCCCUCUCUACAAAACCCUUCUUGAUAACAAUUGAAAAUUUGAAGCUCAUCGAACCUACUGGAUCCAGAUGGGCGGUGCAUCCUCUCCCAAGAGUCUUAGUGACUCAUUACGCCAGGCUCUACAACAGAGAGAGGCCAAAUCAUCACGCCGAAAACUCACGGUCUUGCCGUCUUCAUCGGUGGACUUCUCCUCCAAUGACUUUCUCUCACUUUCAACAUCGCCGGUCUUCCGUGCCCGCUUUCUAGAGCAUCUGCAGCAAGCUCCUCCAUUGUACCCGUUUGCUAGUGGAGGAUCCCGGCUGCUAGACGGGAAUUCGGCCUAUGCGGAGGAGCUGGAGGAUUUUAUUGCAACAUUCCACAAUUCCCCCGGCGGUCUCUUAUUUAAUUCGGGAUUCGACGCCAAUGUCGGAGUCUUGUCGACCAUACCUCAACCGGGGGACCUGAUCGUUUACGAUGAGCUGAUCCACGCGAGCGCCUAUGAAGGAAUGCGCCUCUCUCGAGCGGGAAAGAGAGUCAAGUUUUCACACAGCAGCCCAGAGAGUCUAGAAGCUGCCCUACAAUCGGAAGUUUCGGCAGAUGCUCUGAUUCAAGACGGCCGCCGGAAUGUGUUCAUUGUCAUCGAGUCAGUUUACAGCAUGGACGGGGAUGUUGCGCCCAUCCGGGAAUUCAUCGAGGUUGUCGAUCGUCUCCUUCCUCAAAAUAAUGGGUAUUUCAUUGUUGACGAGGCGCAUGCCACGGGCGUGUUUGGACCGCGCGGCGCAGGCGUGGUCCAGGAGUUGGGAGUGGAAGAUCGUAUGUUCAUCAGGACGCACACGUUUGGCAAGGCCCUGGCAAGUCACGGCGCCAUUGUGCUAUGCUCUCCCGAGACCCGAGAUUAUCUGGUGAACUACGCCCGCACUCUGAUCUAUACCACCGCGUUGGGAUUCCCAUUUCUAGCUUCAAUCCGGACAGCCUAUGAAUUAUUAGUAGAAGGAGAAACUGAACAGCUUCAGCGCAAACUCGGAGAACUGAUUCUGGAUUUCCGAAGCCGACUUGAAGACCUCAGCUCGUGGGGCUCUACCACCUUUGAAGUUGAUCAUUUCACCAGCUCUCCCAUAUUCUCACUCCGCAGCCGCGUUCCCCGUCAGCUCGCAAGCGCAUGCCAGCAAGAGGGAUAUAUCGUCCGUGCCAUCAUGCCACCUACCGUUCCCGCAGGCAAGGAACGUGUACGAGUGUGUCUGCAUUCCGGCAACUCCGUGGAGGAGAUUGACGGGCUAAUCGAGACAAUCGAGACAUGGCUUCAUCAAAGCGAGAAAAAGGCAGCUCGACUGUAAGCAUCUCAGCUUUUACGGAUACGGAUGAUGUCUCGAAUUGGAGUAAAGGGAAAGGAAUAGAUUUCUUAUGAAAGCUUUUUUUUUUUUUUCAUUCGUUCUGUUUGAUUAAAACCAGCCAGCAAUUGAAUGCGUUUCAAAUUCAAAUUAAAAAAAAA